AUGAGUCUUAAUAAUUUUACACAUACAAUACCAAUACAUUUUCUAAAUCAUCCAUAUAUUGUCUAUUUACUUAAGAAAAUAUUGUAUAUUGACAAGUUGAUUAUGGGAAAAGGAAGAAAAAAAGUAAAAGAUUUUUCUGCAUUUAACAAAGCACCAAAAAACAAACUUAAAUUUCAAAAAGAUCAGAAAGUGCCUCGUAAAGUUGAAGAAAUAGUUGGGGAUCGUGAAAAGUUUAAAAACUCUUUCAAAGAUAAAAAAACCAAGAAGAAAGAUAAUUGGAAGGGUUUGAAAUUCAAACCCCAGGUUGGAGAAACGGAGCAUCAGUUUGUGUCGCGAAUGAACGAUGAAGUAAAGUUCGUUAUAACGAAAAAUAAACAUCUUCCGUACAAGCAACCUGAGAUGGACGAAGAAAAAAAGAAAAAGAAUAAUAAAAGAUUAAACAAAUUGAAAGAAAAGAAGAAAAAGUUAAAAGAACUUCAACAGGAACAAAUAAACGAAGAUAAUUUAUUCAAAGAUAAAGUUUUGUUCAAUGAAGUUGUAUUAGAACCGCCACAACUUAAAACUAAACCAAGAAAAUCAAAUCCAACUGUUAAAAAAUAUAAUUUCUUGGACAAGUUUGAAACAAUUGGGAACAAAAUUGUCGCUAAGACCUAAUUUUUUUUGUGUAUUAAAAUAAAAAUGUAGACACAAUUUUGAUUUUCUCCUAAAUUGGUUUGUUGUUUAAUUAAUCAUCAUGCAUGGGACAAAUUAUGGAGUGCAUAACCGAACGCUUGUUAACAAAAUCACACAGGCACCUGUCAUACUGUGCAUACUGGGUUACGGUAUUUGCUUACAAGUUGUAAGUUACAACUUACAACUUUAAUUAUAGUUUGAUCGUAAAAAUCCCGGAUUUAAUAUUUUAUAUUAUGUUGUAAGAUAGUUAAAACUGCAUUAAAUGAACUGCAAAUGUAUUUUGUGUUUGUACAGACUACUCCUGCCAAAUUUAUUUGGCAUACCAUUUCCAACAUUUUGACACCAUAUUCGCAUUCACAGCUUUAUUAAUACUGGGCGUUGUA